CAUAUGUAGAGACGAAGUAGACUCCUGCUUGUGAGUAGAAUUUGUCGAUUGAAAUAAAGCAGGGGCUGUGUUGAGGAAAGGUGACCGUUCAAGGCUGAUACAAUGAAUACAAGCCCGGGCACAGUGGGCAGUGACCCUGUCAUUCUGGCCACCGCUGGUUAUGAUCACACCGUCCGCUUUUGGCAAGCACACAGCGGUAUCUGCACUCGAACAGUGCAACAUCAGGACUCUGUAUCUCAAGUGAAUGCCUUGGAAAUCACCCCAGACCGCAGUAUGAUUGCAGCAGCUGGGUAUCAGCAUAUCCGAAUGUAUGACCUGAAUUCUAACAACCCGAACCCAGUCAUCAACUAUGAUGGAGUCAGCAAAAACAUCACCUCAGUGGGAUUCCACGAAGAUGGGCGCUGGAUGUAUACUGGCGGGGAGGACUGCAUGGCGCGAAUCUGGGACCUAAGGUCACGUAACCUGCAGUGUCAGAGAAUCUUCCAGGUCAAUGCUCCUAUUAAUUGUGUCUGCCUGCAUCCCAAUCAGGCAGAACUGAUAGUUGGGGAUCAGAGUGGUGCCAUUCACAUCUGGGAUCUGAAAACUGACCACAACGAGCAGCUGAUUCCAGAGCCAGAUGUUUCGGUCAAUGCAGUACACAUCGAUCCAGAUGCGAGUUACAUGGCAGCUAUCAAUAGUUCAGGUAAUUGCUAUGUGUGGAACCUGACAGGUGGAAUUGGUGAUGAUGUUACUCAGCUCAUUCCCAAGACCAAGAUCCCAGCUCACAAACGCUAUGCUCUCCGCUGCAAAUUCAGCCCUGAUUCCACACUUCUUGCUACAUGCUCAGCUGACCAGACCUGUAAAAUAUGGAGGACUUCAAAUUUUUCGCUGAUGACAGAGCUUAGCAUCAAGAGCAACAAUCCAGGAGAGACAUCACGAGGCUGGAUGUGGGACUGUGCAUUCUCUGGGGAUUCACAAUAUAUUGUCACAGCCUCUUCAGAUAACCUUGCGCGCCUGUGGUGUGUGGAGACAGGUGAAAUUAAACGAGAGUACAGUGGCCAUCAGAAGGCAGUCGUGUGCCUGGCCUUUAAUGACAGCGUUCUGGGCUGAAGAUUUCCAAAAAAAAAAACUUGUUUCCCAGCUCACCUCCAUCUCUGUCUUUGCCCCAUUCCCUCUUCCAUUCCAAGCUAUUUUUAAAAUGAAUUCCUAGUCGAAGUUUUUCUUUGGAAGUCUCUGUGAGAUCAGUCGAAGUUGCUGAAUGCUGGAACAUUUGUGGUUGCAUCUUUGGCAGGCUCACCAUCACAUGACCUGUGAGGCAGUAAUUAAUAGCCCAAGAAGCAUCAGUUCUGACAUCAAGGUUUCAAUAAAGUUAGCGACGGAUGAGUGAACCCUUCACACAGUAUCCACCUGAAUGGUGAAGAAGUGUCCAGAAGCACAAUUCUAGAUACUAUUCUUCCAAACCUAGACAGUCAGAUGUAUAUUGUGAACUUUCUAAUACUGGAUUAAAGUAUUGGUAAGUACAAGUCUAUUAUUGUGACAACAGUGUGAGUAUUUUUGAAGGUACAAAUUAAGGAUAUCUUGUGCAAUGUUAAAACAUAAGUUCUCUGUUGUUAUUUCCUUCUAUGUAGUAGUUCUGAUAGAAGAGAAGCUUAUCAAAAAUUCUAGAACUCCAGCAUGAACAGGUUUGCUUUUACUCCUACUUGUUGUAGGAGCCAGAAUGGAAGCUGUUUGAUUUGCAGGAAGUGGGCAUACAUGGUGCCAGUAGCAUAAUCAUUGAACAUUUUGUGCACUGACACAAUAUGGGCCAAUGAGUUUACAGUGCAAUAUUGAAUGCCCUCAUCAUUAGCCUGAUGCUGAGUAAGAUCAUUAAAAUUAUAGACAAAUAAAAUUAUUUCUACACCCGACUGGAUGCUGCUUUCCUUUUUUGAGAGGGGGAGAAAGGAUAUCAUAGAUUCUAUCAUUAAACUGUUCUGUUUGGAAUGGCACUCUAUAAGUGCAAAUCUUAUUUCUCUUUUGUCUCUGAAUAACUGGAUGGUUUUAAAACCACAUGAUGUUUCAGCACACAUACAUAAGUAAAUUACUGAAGACACUGGAAAUCUGAAAUAAAAACAGAGAAUGUUAGAAAUACUCCACUAGUCAGAUUACAUCUAUGGAGGAACAGAUUUAAUGUUUUUGCAAUAUACACUGUGUACAAAAUAUGUGUGCAAAUUUGAUGCUUUUUUUCUCUAAACUAAAAUAGUGAUUAUACCCAAAAGUCCUUUGGGUGUAAAACACUCUAGAAAGAUCCAGGAUCAAGAAAAACAUUGAGGAAGUGCACAUGUGUUUUUCAGUCUCUCUUUUUUUGAACACAUAUUUUUGGUAUUCUGCAUAUAUGGUUCGGAUUAAGGACCUCUUCCAGAUCAGUACUGAGUUUGCGAUGAGUGGCCUUAUUCCAUCCUCCCACUUCCCUUGUUCUGUGAAUGGGUGCAGUUUAGAGACUUUGACAAUGAAGUGAUCCCAUGUCUGGAUGUUAUAAACUAUGACAAUAAAGAUGUAUCCAUGAAGAGUU